GCCAUUUUAAAAACAAAAAGGUUAUAACUCACUCAACUUUCAAAUGUUCGUAAAGAUACAUAUAUAAAAUUUGAAAAAAAUAGUAUACAUAGUAAACUAGAUUUUACAUUUUAUUUUUACAUCAAAAGGUUGCAAUAUAGCUUUAACUUUUAUGAAUCCACAACAUUUGUUUUGAUUGUUUUAUCGGUAUUGCAACUAUUGUAGUCUACAUUGUCACAACAUAUUAAUGGAGCCUCUUGUGUGACUCUAAUGUAGAUUUGUGAAUUUGACAAAUAUAAGCUAAUUUUUCAACUAAAUAAUAAAUAUUAAAUUAAUUAUGUUUAGUUAUUGAUGCAAACAAUAUAUAUAUUUUUAAGUCAAAACAUUCAAGAAAAAUAUAAUAUUCUGGCUAAUGCUAUUAUAAACCUAUGUUAAAACUUGCAUAAUCUAUUAUGUCCACUCGUUAUGAUUCAUGUUAUGAUUCAUGUAUCUCAUUUUGGCUAUGCAUUUGGUGGAUGUUUAUAAAUUCUAUUUUAUUUUGAAAUGAUGAUUUAUACAAUCUCAAUGUUAGAUCUAAUGUAAAGAUUUGCCAUUUUGGCUAUGCCCUCACAGAUGUUGAUGACUUAUUCAAUUUUUAAAUGAUGGCUUAAAUUCCUAAUGUUAGAACUUAUAUUGGUUAUCAAUCAACAAUGUGGAGUGGAACGGUUACUAACUGAUGAUUCCCUGUAUUUGUACUAACCUUUAUGCAAAUUAAUUAUCUUAUACAAUAUAUCUCAUGCAUUUUAUUGCAUAUAAAUGAUCAAGUGAUUUGAACAAUCUUAAAAUAUGUUAAAGCACUUUUGAAUUUAGACUGUGCCCAUGUCUUGUUAGUAAAUAACCUUAAUCAAGUUAAAAAAUUAAUUUCAAUAGCAAUAAAAAGGAAAAAGGUUUUACUUGUGAAUGAACUCGGAGAAGACAAACAUUGCCAAAUAACAAACCCUAAACCCUAAAUAUUUCACAUAUCAAUAUCUUAAUUCCAUAUGUUUCAUAACUCUCAAUUUCCCAUAUCAUCUUACCAACACACAGAGCAAAAGAAUCUUAAAUAUCCAUUUUCUCUAUAAAUUUAUCAAGCGGGAAGAUAAAACAUUACGGUUACAAAGUUGUCAUCCGAAGGGAUGUGGGCCCCACACACGUACGAUUCUCCAACUACUUAGUCUUCGACUUCACGGACUCGGCAAAGCGAUUGUAGAUCAUGGCAUUUGACAGGGGCGGAGGAGGAGUCGCGGGACUCGGCAGGAGCCGAGAAGGAAGAGGAUCGGCUGGCAGAUAGAGCGUCGGGUGAAGAUUGCAGUGGGUGAGGCGACCGUCGAGAGUGAGUGAGUAUUUUCUUCGACGCCAUGCCUAGAGGCUAGAGGGAUCAGACGUUUUCCCAUGGUGGCGGUAGUCUACGGAUUGCAAUUGAUAGGGGGAGGACGGAAGAAAUAAAAAAGGUGUUGGCUAACAAACAUAGAAAAAGGAGGCUUUGUUUUUCUUCUCCGUCUUAAGAUUGGAUGAGAAGAAAGACGAUUUUCACAGCCUAAAUUGAAAUUCAAAAGUGAUUUAAUAUAUUUUAAGAAGAUAAAUGCAUUAAGAUGGGGAAAAAAUAAAAAAUAAGAAAAGAACCGAAAUUUGCGGAGAGGGCUGGGAAUUUGAAACGAAAGAUGUGGUUUUGGGAAAACGCUUAAAGGUUUCUUUAGAUCUUUAGCCUUCGCUUUAGAAUAACCAUAAUUCAAAUCGCUUUAAUUUAAAUUUUAUAUCCACUUCAUUUCAGACUUACGACUCCAUGCACCGCUCGUAUAGCAAUGGCAAACAUCUAAAAAUCUUAGCCCAUGUUGUAGUUCAGAUCAUACAAACUAAGGAUAACGUAGUACCAACUCAUAUCACCUCACCGGCUGGCUGUUGUUCUUUCUUCUGCGUCAACAAUUAACCAAAUACUCAGAGAGCCAGAGGAUCAUGUGAGUUCGAGUAGCCCACAGAAUAUAUAAAUAUAUAUAUUAUAAAUUUAUAACAUGGAACAAAGAAAACGUCAAAUAAAGGCAAAUGACCAUGUGGUUCAAGGUAAGGCCAGUCCAUUGGUCAGGAAAUGAUCCUCAUAUCAUAUUCCUUCCCUCCAAGUAUACUUAAUGCAGUUCAAUCAGAAUUCAUUAAUGACAACCUAAUGUACGAUAGUUGUACAACUAAAUCUCUGAAUCGAUCAAGUUAACUCAAAGGUUUGAAUAUGUGGCUCAAGAGUUUGACCUGUAUUUUUUUAAAGAUCACUAAUGAAGUCAUUUACGACGUUGAUUUCAGUAUGGAAAACAAAACAUAUUAAACAUAAGUGAUAAUCUUUCUGUAUGACCAAAGAUCUGAGUAAUAACGAUCAAGAUGGAGAUUAAAGGGCUCACUUGGUCGACAUCAGAGAAGGUCUGCUUGGGUGGGGAGGGAUGUGAUUAUGUGCAUGAUGACUCUCUUUCAACGUAUUUGGAAAGUAAUGAAACUGGGUCGUGUUUGAUUUUACGCUAUUUAAUUUUCGUGCGUUAAUGAAAAAGAAAAUCAAAACAGAACUCACUGUCAUUGCCAUACGAAUCAAAAUUGUUGGGAAAUGAAAAAAAAAAAAAAUGAAAUCAGUGGGUGGUGGGGAUUUGAAAUUUUCACGGCUUUCAUGUUGAGAUGAGGGAAAGGCAUGUGAGUUUGGAAUGGGAAAUGGCGGUGUUUGUGUCAUUGUAUGAGAGAGAGAACGUGCAAAUAAUUGAUCUAUGAAUUUAUUUCAUAGAUGGAUCAAUCUCAUUGCCAGAGAUAAAAAUUCAGAAAAUAUUAAUAAUAUUACAAACCCAUUAUUAGAAAAAUAUUAAUUAUAAAUAGAAAUUCCCCACAAACCCAACUUGCCUGCAUGCUACUUCCAAUCAGCCACACUGCCACUGCCCUUUUUUUCAGACCUUGCCAUGUGAGUUUGUUCUUAUUGAGUUAAUGUUUUUGUAGCUAUUAAAAGCAAAAAAAAAAAUAAGAGUCUCCUCAAAAACUUCCCUUAUUUAUAUGGUUCCUCCCUUUCUCUGGAUCAGCCAUACAGUUUGUAAAUACCAAGCCUCAAAAGAAACCUCUGAUUCCCUCUCUUACUCUCUCUUCCUCUGCUGCUGAACCAAAACCCAACUAAGAAUGGCAAAGCAGCAGCUGGCCAUGGCCAUGGCUAUGGCGUUUCCUCUUCUAUGGGCUCUACUCUGCAUCUCUCUGGCUCCCACUGUCGCCAAUGCCUUCACUGCUUCCGCUUGGACCAAAGGCCACGCCACUUUCUACGGCGGUGGCGAUGCCUCCGGGACUAUGGGAGGUGCAUGUGGGUAUGGCAACCUAUACUCGAGUGGAUAUGGCACAAGAACGGCUGCCCUAAGCACGGCUUUGUUCAACGAUGGUGCCUCAUGUGGAGAGUGUUACAAGAUUAUAUGUGACUAUAAUACAGACCCUAGAUGGUGCAUUAAGGGCAGGUCGAUAACGAUCACCGCAACGAACUUCUGCCCUCCGAAUUUCGCUCAGGCCAACGACGCUGGUGGUUGGUGCAACCCGCCAUUGAAGCACUUCGACAUGGCUCAGCCGGCGUGGGAGAAGAUCGGGAUCUACAGAGGUGGAAUCAUCCCUGUUAUGUACCAAAGGGUGCCAUGUAAGAAGCAUGGUGGAGUGAGGUUCCAAGUCAAUGGGAGGGACUAUUUCGAGCUGGUGACCAUCACCAAUGUGGCGGGAGCUGGAUCGAUUAAGUCGGUUUCCAUCAAGGGUUCGAAGACAGGGUGGCUGCCCAUGUCGAGGAAUUGGGGGGCAAACUGGCAGUCGAAUUCGUACCUUAACGGACAAUCCAUGUCUUUCCAAAUCACAACUACCGAUGGAGAGAUGAGAACGUUCAAUGAUAUCGUGCCGGCUAAUUGGGGGUUCGGCCAAACUUUCUCGAGUAGAUUACAGUUCUAAAAACGUGAAGGCUCGGGAUAGUAUUGAUUCGAUCUAAGAACUCAUAAGGAUUUUUCCAGAAAAUUUCUUUAUAGUUUGAUUUUGGCUGAGGCGUUGCUUAUACUUUUACAAGGAGCUGCCCGCCUUGCGACUAUGAGUCCAUGCGCUUGUGCGAGUGACUUUAACGUCGUAAUACGUGAACCCAAUGAAAAUUUCGUUGAAGAGAAAUUGUGGGUAGGGAUUUGGUUGGAGCAGAUUGAUGAAAAGUUAUAAUAAGGGCAUUGGAAUUGCAGAGUUUGCAAGUUAGGUUGUAAUUUGUAUUUUCCUUUUUUACAUGAUAUGAAACGGUUUCUAGCUUUGUUUCUACUUUUUUCAUUGGUUUUUGUUGUCUUUCUGGUUCUAUUUGAGGUAAUUGUAUUGAUGAAAUUGAAAUGUUCAUUUAAUAAUUGAUUAUCCCAGCUACUCCUGAAGCCAAUGAAUGAAGGUUUGAUGCACUUCAGUAAUGUUAGCUGUUCUAAAAAAAAAAUGGAUUGUAUUUAGAGUUUCGAUUUUAAAAUUAUUUCCAAUCAACUCAUCUAUAUUUGAUGUAUAUCUCAACAAUAUUAUAUAAAUGAAGAUAAAACAACACUUAUAUCAAUUAGUUCUCACCAUCGAUCUAAAAACCGGUCUUAAACCAUACAACCAAGUACAUCAGAGAGUACAAAAUUGAUUCCACAAAUCUACUCCUGGUCAUAAGCCGUAUUACAAGCCGCAGGAAAAUACUCAACUUUGGGUAGUGAAUUUGUUUUUAACUCAUAUUUCAUGGAAAAGGUUGCACAUAAACGAAAAAGUGAAAUUCAUGGAAAAGGUUGUGAGAACGAGGGGGAAGGAAGUGGCCGAGGAUUUGUUGGGCUAAUACUGUACGGAUUGGUAACUCAUUGGGCCUGGAAAUAUGAUGGUGUGGGCGGCUGGGCUCGACUAAGCCAGCCUUAUCCAAAUGAGAGAAAACGAGUUACCUGAUUUGAAACUUUGUGAGGGAACGGAUCAGGUCAGUAAUCCUAUGGUUAGUAAACAUGAGUAAUUGUCCACAUCAGUAUGACAUCAGUAUCUUCUCUCUUGCAAAGUCUUUUAUUUAUUCCUUUUAAUUUUUAACAGACGAUUUCUCUGUCGUUUUAAGUCGAAAUUUAAUUUUAUUGCACAGAUAAAUCAGAUUAAAUAUGCUCUUUAAAAUGAUAUCCACUUUGAUAUAUUUUUAGUACAAAAAAAUUGAAUAUUUUUUUACUAGUCAUUACCAUAUGGUAUGCUCCUAUUUAAUACCAUAUGGUAGGACAGCGUACCAUGAUGGUAUGAGUAUACAAAUAUGGUAAGAAGGUUGAAUACAUAAUAUUAGGAGUAUACUAACUGUCAUUUAUGACUUUCAUAAUUGUUUACUACAAGUUACCACCCACAUACCAUAGUGGUAAAGUAUGAUAAUUUUUUAUCGAGUAUAUUUUUCACCCAGAAAUUUAUAGAUCCAAUAGAUUAUGAUGAACUCGUUCCUUCUGAACAAACGUUUUCAAAAAUGACUUAAAAACGAAGAAGUUACCAUAUGGUAUAUGUAGUUGGUAAAAAAAAAAGUUUCUCGAAAUAUAUUGAAAAUUGAUCUCUUUUUUUAGAGCACAACGAACUCGUUCCAUCUGUGCAAAAAAAAUUGAAAUUCGAGUUAGAACGAAGAAGAUAAGAGUCGAUUAAUAAAACUAGGGAAAAUAAAAUGCAUUUAAUUGACAACCCUUAGAUCUGAAUUUUCUGGACUCACUUAAAUCUAAAGGUCCAGAUUUAGUUACUCAUAGGUCAGUAACCAAUGGUUACUGAUCCUAUCCUAAGCCCUUAGUGAGGAUGGACGAAUCUUGGCUCAAGAUAGGGCGUAUAACCCAUGGUUAUGCACUCAUCAAUAAGUAAAUCUGGACCCUUCAUUUAGAAAAUCCAGAUCUAAGGAUGAAGAAUUAAAGAUCAUUUUUAUUUUCCUUGGCUUUCUUAAUCGACUUAAAUCUUCUUCGUUUGAACUCGGAUUUUAAUUUUUUUUUUUUUGCGCAGAUAGAACGAGUUCUGUAACAUCCCGAACUUUUUCCCGACAAGAUACUGUCCGCUCUGGGCCUCUACACCCGCACGGAUUUCGACUUGGGGUGCAAUUCAAGGUGACUUCCCAUAAGGUCACCCAUCCUUGUUGUACUCCACACUGAGCACGUUUAACUUCGGAGUUCUCAGAAGAACUCCUCCAUUACACCCCAAAACACGUCUUGUCAGUUAAGGCCGGUUUCCUACUUAUGAACCAUGGAUCCCUCCCGUGCUUUGUCGAUGUGGGAUUUGCCUAAGGUGUUAAAUACACCCCCUCUUGGGACUCAACGCCCUCGUUGAGGUUUGCCCCAUCAUCGUUCAAGAGGGACGCGGAGAGGCUCUGAUACCAUUUGUAACAUCCCGAACAUUUUCCCGACAAGAUACUGUCCGCUCUGGGCCUCUACACCCGCACGGAUUUCGACUUGGGGCGCAAUUCAAGGUGACUUCCCAUAAGGUCACCCAUCCUUGUUGUACUCCACACUGAGCACGUUUAACUUCGGAGUUCUCAGAAGAACUCCUCCAUUACACCCAAAAACGCAUCUUGUCAGUUAAGGCCGGUUUCCUACUUAUGAACCAUGGAUCUCUCCCGUGCUUUGUCGAUGUGGGAUUUGCCUAAGGUGUUACAAGUUCAUUGUGCUCUACAAAAUGAGAUCAAUUUUCAAUUUUUUUUGAGAAAAAAAAAUUAUUGCCUCUCGGUACCAACUGCAUACCAUAUGGUAUCUUCUUCGUUUUUAAUUCGUUUUUGAAAACGUUUGCGCAGAAGGAACGAGUUCAUCAUGAUUUAUUGGAUCUACAAAUUUAUGGGUGAACAAAUUACAGGACCAAAAAAAUACCACACAAUACCACCCUGGUACGGGGUGAUAUCUUGCGGUACAAAUGUUAAAAGUCGUAAAUGACAGUAAUAUACUUCUACUAUCAUGUAUUCAACCAUCCUACAAUCUUGGUUUGUUCAUACCACCAUGGUAUGCUUUUCAAACCAUAGGUAUGCUCUUAUUUCAAUCCAGUCAAUACCUUAUGGUAUAGACUGGUAAAAAAUGGCUCAAUUUUUGUUGUUCAAAAAAUAUAUCAAAGUGGAUAUCAUUUUGAAGAGCAUAAAAAAUUUUAGGUACCAAAAUGUAAAUUUACAAUAAUAUUUUUGUAUAAAAAUAUAAAUCUUAGGUACCAAAUGAAAUAUAAAAAAUAUAGGUACCAAAUUAUAAUUUGCCAUUUGAAUUCAUGGAUUGAUCCAUUAAUCCACCAAUCCAAUUGGAUUUGGAUCAAAUGGAUUGGAUCUAAAUGGAUUGGAUUAGGUGGAUAAUUUGGUGGAAGGAUUGGAUUGGAUUCAUGGAUUUGGAUUCUAAUUGCCACCUCUACUUGUCUCUCGUUACCAACUACAUACCAUAUGGUAUCUUAUUCAUUUUUAAGUCGUUUUUUUUUGCACAGAAUGAACGAGUUCAUAAAUGUAGUCAAAAUCGCGAUUUAAAGCGUAAAAUCGUACGUUUUUAUAUAUCCAGCUCCGACCAGCUUCCAGCUCCGAACAACUUCAAGCUCACCCUCCGACCAGCCAUACCUGUGCAGCUUCCCGCCGCCAGACCUUGUUCUAUUAUUCAUUUUUAUUUUCAAUUGUGGAAUGUUCUGCUCCAUUCACUGCUCUCAUCGGCCAUCGCCCAAGACAAUGUUGGUGUUGCUUUUUUAUGUUCAUUACGACCACAUACAACAGCAGCAGCUGGAUGAAUAGAAUUGAUAGAAAUUACAUGAAUGAAAACUUGUGCAAUGUAUCAUAAGUGGUUGGUUUGUCGAUGAUAUGUGAACCUUUUUCUUUCCCCCCCUGAAGAUGGGGGAUUGAGUUUCUGCGGUGAGUAUGGAGGAUGGCUGGCCAAGAAGUAUGAGAAGUCUCCUUUGGUUUGCGGGAGUGAACGACAGAGAUUAGUUUGUCUCUUUGUUGCUAAUUUGCUAUAAUCGGCAACUAAUUUGUUUAUAGCUAUAAUCAUAAACCAAACAGAGAUUAGUUUGUGUCUUUUAUGGCUUUUCUUAUUUAUUGCACGUUGUUUUUACGAAGUUGAUGUUCUUUGUUGAAAUUUUGCAGAACAGUAGUGAUGUCGAGUGAUGGUACUAAUGCAAGUAUUAUAGUGUAUCAAGUAGUCCAGUUUGUGAGAAUUUCGAUUUUUUAACUCGUACGAGAGUUAUGAUCUAUGCUUAUGAACUUAUUGUUAAAAUGUUAUGAGUUUGCACGACUUUGGAAUCGUAACAAAUUAAUUUAUGUGUGAGAAAUUACGUUUUAAAUGUAAUUGCAGGUAUUUAUUCACUUGUACGAAAUCUAUCCAUUCACAUUUCACAUUUCACAUAGUACAAGUCGUACUUAACAGAUUUACAACUAUUUUAUAGGGUGCAUAAAAAACUUGCGCUUUUACGCUUUGAUUCUACGCUUUAUGAUUUUACCAAUUUUCCGCUUCUAGGUAGCGCUUUUGACUUAUCUAUCCACUCACAUUUCACAUAGUACAAGUCGUACUUAACAGAUAUACAACUAUUCUAUAGGGUGCAUAAAAAACUUACGCUUUUACGCUUUGAUUCUAAGCUUUACGAUUUUACCCAUUUUCCGAUUCUAGGUAGAAUCACGCUUUUGACUCCAUUGUUAAUCGUCAUUACUUAUUGGAUCUACAAAUUUCUGGGUGAACAAAAUACAGGACCAAAAAAUACCACCAAAUACCACCCUGGUAUGGGGUGGUAUCUUGUGGUACACAAUGUUGAAAGUCGUAAAUGACAAUUAGUAUACUCCUACUAUCAUGUAUUCAAUCAUCCUACAGUCUUGGUAUGUUCAUACCACCAUGGUAAGUUUUGUCAUACCAUAUGAUAUGCUCUUAUUUAAUACCAGUCAAUACCAUAUGGUAUAUACUGGUAGGGGUGGGCAUUGGGUGGAUUAGGCGGAUUUUAACCAUAAAACGCACCCAACCGCGCUUAAACGGAUUGACGAUUUUUAAUCCACCACCCACCCACAUUUAGUCUUGGGCUGGGUCGAGCGAAUGGUGGAUGAUGCGGGUGGGUUUGUGGGUCACCCACAUCCCAAUGUACAUAAUAUAAAGAAGUCAGCUUGACAUGAUAAUCGGUAGAGAGAGUUAUCGAGUAAGAACAACAUGAUGAAAUAUUAAGGAAAAUGUCGAAUUAGUUCUGAAAUUGGAUAGAAAUUCUAUUAUGAAUGAGUUUUCUACCAAUGGAGAUGAUUAUCAUGUGCAAAGAACUAGGUAAAAUAAUUCAAUGAAGGAAAGAGAUGUGACUAGGCAUAGGAAUCAGAGGGGAAAAUAAAGUGAAAAGAGGGGCUCGUGAAUUGGAAUAUUGGCAUUGAAGUUCAAUCUCCAAAAGAAGCUCUAGUUUUUGUCUAAUGUCUCUACUCUUCAGUCACUAGUCACCAGCGCCAAAAACUUUGUUUUUUUUAUUGUUGGGUUGAGCAGGUCACCCGCACACCCACCCACAACCCAGCCGUCACCCGACGGAUGACUCCUAGCGCAACCCGUCACCCAUCUACAAACCCACCCACAUAAUGAAAUUUGGGUCAAAUGCGGGCGGGUAGGCCCAAACCUGUGGGUGAUCCACCUGCAUGCCCAGCCCUAUAUACUGGUAAAAAAUGGCUUAAUUUUUUUUUUGUUCCAAAAAUAUAUCAAAGUGGAUAUCAUUUUGAAGAGCACAAUUAAUCUGAUCUAACUAUGAAAAAAAUUAAAUCCGACUUAAAAUGAGUGAGAAAUCGUCCGUUAAAGAUUAAGGUGAAAAAAUUUAAAGGCUUUCCAGAAGAGAAAAGGGGCGCUGAUGUGGCAGUUGAUGAUUGAGUUAUGCAUAGUUACUCACCACAAGAUUAUGCAUAGGAACUGCUCCCAGGGGCUAAGAUCAGGUGGUGACUAAGUGAAUCUCAUUUAAAUUUAAUGGCUUCAAUUAAUCUGAUUUAAUGAAAGGCAAUAUGGUAAUUGCAUAUUGUUUUAAUUUUACGGGAGCGGUUACGGUGCUAAUUGUACAAUAGUUAGCACCGUCCUAACCAAGGGAAAAACUACUACUAGUUUGAAUUAGUAGUGAUUUAGCUUAGAUGUUGUAUUGAUUUUAUAAUAAUCCGUCUACUAGUUUGAAUUAGUAGUGAUUUAGCUUAGAUGUUGUAUUGAUUUUAUAAUAAUCCGUAGUGAUUUCGUUAUUUUUAGUAGCGUUUUUUGCUAGUUAUCACGGUGCUAACCCCUAUAAGGGUUAGCACCUAAUCCCAUUCCUAAUUUUACACACCCACAGAGAGAGAGUUUACUUUUUGACCGUGAGAAUUUUUUGGUGUCGGCGGUAGAGAUUUUCCGACGAUGGGGAUUUUUCGGCGACAGCGGGAGCUUUGUGAUUUUUGUCAGACUAUUUUGUAAUGUUUAUAAGUCUAUUAGGUUUGUAUCAAUUCUGUUUGUAUCGUUUAUCAUUCUAGUUUGUAAUGUUUAUAUGACUAAUUUGUAUAUAUAUAUUGUAAUUUGUAAUGUUUGUUUGUCUAAUUUGUAUACUUUAUGUUAUGAUUUGUAUACUUUGUAUUCAUUUAUUUGUAAUAAAAAUUUACUGAUUUGUAUUGUAAGUAGUGACAUUUUGUAUUGUUAGUAUGUUUUGUAAUGUUUGUCGACUUGUUUUGUAAUGUUUGUAAGUUUUGUUAUUUUGGUAAUGUUUGUAGGUUUUUUUCGUAACGUUUGUAAGCUUUAUUAUUUUUGUGUAUCAUGUUUGUCAUUUUUGACAUCAAUGUUUGUAAUAUUUUUUUAUGUCUAAAAAACAAACUGAUUGACUUUCGGAUGAAACUCCUCUAUAUCGCCAUAUCAGGAUGGAACCUCCAGUCAACCCGGGUGUUUUUCCUUUUUGUAUGGUUUGUCGGUCUAGUUUGUCAUUUUGUCCAUCAUAUUUAUAAUGUUUAUAUGUCUAAAAAAACAACCGGGUUGACUUUGGGACGAAGCCUGGUAGGGCAAAAGCGUAUAUGCCUUAAUCCUAUCUUGUAGUAAACCGGAAAGUCCGGGUAUCGUCUCUCAGGGACUGGUACAACCUUAAGUUUUAUCAAUUUAUGGAGCAAACUAUAAGUGAAAAUAGUUUAAUGAGACUAAUUUAAAAAAGCAAAAUAAAACAAACAAAUUAACUAAAUGAAAACGGUAGGGAGAAAUUCAAUGGAGAAAGCUAUGGGAGAAACACCGGGACUCACUACCUAUCCUAUCCAGAUUAAUUCACAUAUUCCAAUCAGUUUAAUCCAUAUCUCUACAGCUAGGAUAUCACGAAUGUGCUAGCUAUCCCUGUCGGGAAUUACUACAUACUAAACAAUUAAUUCAAAUCCUACUGUCGUAGCUCAAUGAAUUAACUAUUUAGCCUGAAGAACGAUAUCCCAAUCAAGACCGCAUAUCACCUUAUUUAAUCCACUGUCGCUUCGUUAAGUUACUAUGUCACAUGAAAUAGGUUCAGUUAUUAGGGUUUCACUGUCGCCAAUAACCUAAUUAACAACAAAUCAUUGUAUUGGUGGCCAGUCAACACAAAGCAUUAAGUAAUUUCAUGCAAUAGAGAUUGGAAGAAAAGAAAUACGAAUCAAUCCAUCAAUUCUAGAAACAGUUGCAUCCUAUGGUGUUUCCCCCAGAAAUUGGGGUUUAGUUCAUGACGAAAAUAAAGCACACAAUCAUGUUUAUAAUGAUCAUCGUAUCAAUUAAAGCUAAAGGAAAAAUACUGAGAUUCUCGAACGUAAUCCCGACACCAAUUCCUUCUCGCUUCAAUCGCCUGUUGCUUGCUCCGCGCGAUAGCUCGCUUCUAACUCCGCGCUGCUGCUUUCACGAAACUUGCUUCCAACUCCGAAAGAAUCCCGUCCCAAGCUGCCUCCGCCUCUUUUCUCCCAAAAGAAUUGGCUUCCCCCUAGAUUUUUUGUUUUUUUUUUCCGCCGCCAGCAAUUGGCAGAUCCCCCUUAAAAGAAUUCCCCCAGCUUAAUUAUCUCUAGCCCCAAAAUUAAUUAAUUCCCCCCCCCCCCCCAAGAAUUCCAACUCCCUUCAUCCGCCCAGGCCCCAAGCCCAAAAAAAUCCCCAGCCCGCAAAAGUCCAGUCCCGGUUCAACUCCUCAGUAAGAUCCGGUCCAAUUAAUAAAUAAAUGUACAUCCA